ACAUCCGCCGUUUUACGGAAGUCCGUGUCGCACCUCUUCUUCGGAUUGACAACAAAAUAAGCAGGAGUGAAACUGAAAUCGUAAACAUGCGUCGAUUAUCGAUCAGCUGAAGAAGAUUUGAGCUGUCAUGGACUUUUAAAGUUGUGUCAGUGAGGCAGCAGGAUGGAGGAGAUGGAGGAGGACCCGCUGGAGAGGAUUGAGGAUGAUAAUCAUAACUGUGGCGCUGCUGAGGGUGUGUGUGUGAGUGUGUGUUCACCUGAGCAGGUGUGUGUGGAUUAUGAUUCCAGCAGCGAGUCCGACAGUUCGGCCAAAUCUGCGUCUAACAGCGCCGCGCUGCUGCUCAACUCGACCUCCAAGUUCCUCUUGAACGCAAUGACAGCAGAAGACUACAGGACAGUUUAUUGGCCAAAACUAGAGAGAGCCAUUGAGCAUCUGCUCACUCAAAGCCCAAUGGACCACAUCUCCAUCUCAUACGAACAGAUCUACAGUCACGUGUAUAAGUGCGUGUGCCAACAACACUCAGAGCUCCUCUACAAUGACUUAAUGUGGAAGAUCACGUCUCAUCUAGAACAAGUGUCUUCUGAGCUACAGGCCAGCCCACCAGAACAUUUGAUUGAAAACUUCAACCUGGCUCUAACGCAGUACACUGCCGCCCUACACUGCAUCGUUCCCGUCUUCAUCUAUAUGAACAAGUUCUACAUUGAAACCAAGCUGAACCGAGACCUGCGGGACGACCUUAUGAAGCUCUUCUCAGAUCAUGUAGCAGAAAAACACGUCAGCAUGUUACUGCCUCUUCUUAAAAAGGCUCAUUCCAUGCCAUUUCAAGUCAAACCGUCAACUAUGGAGAGUGUUGUGAAAGGUCUUUACACCCUCCGGCCAGACUGGGUUCCUCUUGCUCCGGCUCUGUUUUCGAGAUUCAUUCCUCAGAUCGAUCCUCCUGCUCUGGAGUCUCAGCUCCCGUAUUACGCUGCUCAAGACAAAAAACUGCAGAUGGAGCUUUAUCAGAACGGCUUCUCCAGGGGUGAUCAGUCGCGGAAGCGAGCGAGUGAAGAAUCGUGACAGUGAAGUGGAUUUUUACACUACUUCAGCCGGCUGAAAGACACAGACAUGCCCGAACAGAGACGAUUCAUCUGUUUAUACAGUCCUUUGGGAAUUCUCGGAUAUUUUGAGGAUUCUCAAAAGCAUUACAGAACUACACAAACAUGAGCAUCAUCACUAAUAGCCUUCAGUGUGCAUGUGGAGACACUUGGGUUUCUGGCCAAUGAGCAUUUGCAGAUGUCCGGUUAUAAAGAAGAUGGAUUCAUGGAAAUGCUCUUUUCUCUUGUUCUGGUUUUGUUUCACAGAAUUCAUCAUUUUUCCAGGUUUAUUUGUCCAAUUGAGCAUGCAGGCUGUUUUUCCUUUCUACUUUUAAGUUAUUUUUCCCUUACCUUGUCAUUCAGUUUGCUGCGAUAUCAUGUGGUUUCAGAACGUAUGGUUUAGGAGUGUUAUAGUGUGACCGGCGUGAGACUGCAGUAAUGUGAUGUUGGAUCCAGGUUGUUUUGCAAGUGAUGAAUGAAGGUAUUCCGAAUCCAGAUUACCUACUUAUUUUUUUAAUUUUAUUUUAGGAUCACUACUGUAGUUUUAUUCAAUCGGACACACUUUUAUCUGAUGACCAUAUUACCUAAUAAUGACGUGCCUUUGGCUAUUCGCCUUCGUUUUAGAGUUUUUAAGUGAAAAUGUGAUCUGUAAAUCAAUCAUUUAUUAUGACAACUGUUGAUUUUUUUUUUUUUUUUUUUGCAUCAGUAGAUUAUCUAAUAUUUGGGGGGGGGGAAGUCACACAUUGAAUCUGGAGCCACAGCAGUUUGUGAAAAACCACACGUAUAAAAGACAUAUGAAAUCCAGGUGUAAUAUAAAGGGCUGCUAGUAAUUUAUCUGGAAUAAAUACACGACACUGAAACAAGAAUUGUGUAUAAUAACUUUCAUUAAGUCAAUAACAAACAGUAUUAAAUAAUAUAAUGCUAAAUUGAUCUAGUUAAAUAUUUUCAUAUUUGAAUAUACAUGAAGUAUAUUGAAGCAUCAUAUAAUGCGAUGAGUAAAAAAAAUAGGGAUGCGCCAAUAUUUGGCCGAUACCGAUAACCGAUAAUUCUUUAUAUUUGAAAGCUGGUAACCGAUAUAUUGGCCGAUAAAUCUAAAUUUUUCAAAACCAAAUUUUUCUAUAAUUUUUGAGAGCCUGAUUACAAAAACAAAAGUCUCACUAUUAAAAGCCAUGUCCCAAGCACACAAUUAUAAUGAUGUUGUCGUUAUAAUUUUAUGUAGCUUUUAUGACAGAUUCAAACCAUUUCAAACCCGUUCAUGGCAAACAUUAUUUAUCGGCUUUAAUAUAUCAGCCAAAUUUUCUUAACGGGUCGAUAAUGAUAAAAUUAAAAAUGAACAUAUAUCGACCGAUACCGAUAACCGAUAAUUCUUUAUAUUUGAAAGCCAGUAACCAAUAUAUUGGCCGAUAAAUCUAAAUCAAAUUUUUUUAAUAUAAUUUUUUAGAGCCUGAUUACAAAAACAAAAGUCUCACCAUUAAAAGCCAUGUCUCACACACACAAUUAUAAUGUUCUUGUUAUAAUUUUAUGUAGCCUAUAUGACAGACUUGCGUUGUAUGUUGUACUUAACUGCAUUUUGAUUUUUGAAGUGAUUCCAAUCAUUUCAACUAAUUCAAAACCAUCAUGGUGAACAGUGCGCAUCUGAAGUGUCUCAGCUGGAGCAAAUAAUCCAUUAUUUAUCGGCUUUAAUAUAUCGGCCAAAUUUUCUUAUCAGGCCGAUAACGAUAAAAUUUAAAAUGAGUAUAUAUUGGCCGAAUACCGAUAACCGAUAAUUCUUUAUAUUUGAAAGCCAGUAACCGAUAUAUUGGCUGAUAAAUCUUAAAUCCAAAUUUUUAUAUAAUUUUUGAGAGCCUGAUUACAAAAACAAAAGUCUCACCAUUAAAAGCCAUGUCCCAAGCACACAAUUAUAAUGAUGUUGUCGUUAUAAUUUUAUGUAGCCUAUAUGACAGACUUGCACUGUACUUAACUGAAAUAUGAUUUCAAUCAUAUUUCAAGCAAUUCAAAACCAUCGUGGUGAACAGUGCACAUCUGAAGUGUAAUAAUCCAUUAUUUAUCGGCUCUAAUAUAUCGGCCAAAUUUUCUUAUCAGGCCGAUAAUAAUAAAAUUAAAAAUGAACAUAUAUCGGCUGAUACCGAUAUGGUGGCCGAUAUAUUUUGCAUCCCUAGUAAAAAUAUUUUAAAGUGAGUAGGUAGCAAAACAUAUUGAUCACCAUCUUCAGAGUGUUAUGGAUAAUUCCUGUUUAACUCAUCCUAAAAACAGUUCAACUAAAGUCGGGUAUGUGUAAAAUAAUCUUUUUGAAGAUAAUUUCAUUACAAAACAUUGUAUGAAAAGAGUAAAACGGCAAGCUGAACACUUGAAAAUAAACAGUUAUCACCAAAA